AUGGGCAACAGCGGCAAUCGCAAUGUUCUGGCCAGUCUGGGACGAGUCGCUGUCCUCGGACUGCCGCUUCUGAGCACUGCUGAAGCCGGACAUCAUGACCAGAUUGUCACCGUCACACAAUACAAGUACUAUGACUGGAGCUACUGCAUCAACAAGUGCGGUCCGCAGACCAUGGGACCUGCCCCGGUCCUGCCUACUAGCAGUCCUGGCGAGCCACCUGGGAAGCCUGGGCAGCCGGGUCAGGUUCAGCCUCCAGUGCCCACCAUUACACUCCCAAAGUGUGUUGCGAAGCCAACGGCUGUCACUACUGUCAAGGAGGGCCCUGAAGGUUACGCUACCACUGUUAUCAACUACCAGCCAGACUGCAACCCUCAUAUUACUCUCACUUCAACAGUUGUCGCAACUGAGACUGUCACCGUCAAGACCGUCCAGCCCACCUGCAAGUCAUGCCGCACGACAGUCGUCGUCUUGGAGCCCUCUAAGGCUCCUACUGCUCCCGGCUCUAACAGCGGAGGAAACUAUGGCGGUAGCAACGGCGGUUUAUCUGGCGCCUCCAGCCAUGGAGGCAAUGAAGGGGGUAACAAUGGCGACCCAGCCAGCGGCGAGCAUGGCAACAUGAACAAUAUUGGAAAUAGCGCUGGAAACAACGCUGGAGACCACAAUGGCAACGACAACAGCAACGACAAUGGCAAAAACGGUGGCAAUACUGGCUUCACAGAGGGCGGUAGCAUAAACAACGGAGGAACCAACAGUGGCGGCAACGACAACGGUGGCAGCAACGACAACGGUGGUGGCAAUGACAACAGUGGCGGCAACGACAACAGUGGCGGCAACGACAACAGUGGCGGCAACAACAUUAACACCAAUAGCGCCAGCAGCGGUAACAGCAAUGCUGGCACUGGUAAUCCUCCUAACCAGGCCAAUCCUGAUGCCGCCGCCGCCGCCGAAGAUUCCUCGCCUGACCAGGAUAAUACCGCUAUCGCUGGUGGUAGCCCUCCCAACCAGGGCGAGCCUGAUGCCGCCGCCGCCGCUGAAGAUUCCUCACCUGAUCAGGAUAAUACCGCUAUCGCUGGUGGUAGCCCUCCCAACCAGGGCGAGCCUGAUGCCGCCGCCGCCGCUGAAGAUUCCUCACCUGAUCAGGAUAAUACCGCUGUCGCUGGUGGUAGCCCUCCCGACCAAGGUAGCCCUGAUGCCGCCGCCGUUGAUGGAAACCCCUCAUCUGGCCAGGGCGACGCUGCCACCAGCAACGGUGUAAACGCUCCCAACCAAGGCAGCCCUGAUACCGCCGCCGUUGAUGGAAACCCCUCAUCUGGCCAGGGCGACGCUGCCACCAGCAACGGUGUAAACGCUCCCAACCAAGGCAGCCCUGAUACCGCCGCCGUUGAUGGAAAUCCCUCAUCUGGCCAGGGCGAUGCUGCCACCAGCAACGGCGUAAACGCUCCCAACCAAGGCAGCCCUGAUACCGCCGCCGUUGAUGGAAACCCCUCAUCUGGCCAGGGAGAUGCUGCCGGCGGCAACGGUGACAAUCCUCCCAAUCAGGGCAGUCCCGAUGUCACCGCCGCUGGUGGAAGCCCCUCAUCUGGACAGGGUGAUGCUGCCGGCGGCAACGGUGAUAGCCCUCCUAACGGCGGCAACGGUGGUAGCCCUGCCGACCAAGGCAGCCCUGAUGCCGCCGCCGCUAGUGUAAGUCCCUCAUCUGGACAGGGUGAUGCUGCCGGCGGCAACGGUGAUAGCCCUCCUAACGGCGGCAACGGUGGUAGCCCUGCCGACCAAGGCAGCCCUGAUGCCGCCGCCGCUAGUGUAAGUCCCUCAUCUGGACAGGGUGAUGCUGCCGGCGGCAACGGUGAUAGCCCUCCUAACGGCGGCAACGGUGGUAGCCCUGCCGAUCAAGGCAGCCCUGAUACCGCCGCCGCUGGUGUGAAUCCCUCAUCUGGCCAAGGUGAUGCUGCCGGCGGCAACGGUGACAAUCCUCCCAAUCAGGGCAGUCCCGAUGUCGCCGCCGCUGCUGGAAGCCCCUCAUCUGGACAGGGUGAUGGUUCCGGCGGUUCUCCCUCGUCGCCUUCGGCAAACCCCGCGCAGGGCGGUGGUGAUGGCAGCGACGGCACAUCAUCCAUGUCUCCGCCUCCGAGCAGCGGUAGCGGAGGAGACAACUCACCUGCGUUCGGAGAAGCUGCCCCAGCCGGCGCCGAUGCCAGUCCCGGUAGUUCAUCCACUCCAGCCGCCGCAGGCGAUAGCGGCACCGGCUCUGGCCCAUCUCCGUCCGCGAGCACGAUCGUGGCCGUCGAUGCCAUUGCGCAAACGGCGCCGCCCAGUAGUCCGUCCACCGGCGGCAGCAGCGCGCCUACCAGCAGUCCGACCAGCAGCGCGUCCAGCUCCGCCGCUCCAACCGCGAGCAGUGGUGCUGGUGGCGGCUCUGGCGGCGGUGAUUCUGGCGCUGGCGGCGGCUCUGGCGGUGGUGAUUCUGGUGCUGGAGGCGGUUCCGGCGGUGGCGACUCUGGUGCUGGCGGUGGCUCUGGCGGUGGCGACUCUGGUGCUGGCGGUGGUGACUCUGGCGCUGGCGGUGGCUCUGGCGGUGGUGAUUCUGGCGCUGGAGGCGGUUCCGGCGGUGGCGACUCUGGUGCUGGCGGCGGCUCUGGCGGUGGCGACUCUGGUGCUGGAGGCGGUUCCGGCGGUGGCGACUCUGGUGCUGGCGGUGGUGAUUCGGGCGCUGGCGGCGGCUCUGGCGCUGGUGACUCUGGCGCUGGCGGUGGCUCUGGCGGUGGUGAUUCUGGCGCUGGCGGCGGCUCUGGCGGUGGUGAUUCGGGCGCUGGCGGUGGCUCUGGCGGCGGUGAUUCUGGCGCUGGAGGCGGUUCCGGCGGUGGCGACUCUGGUGCUGGCGGUGGUGAUUCGGGCGCUGGCGGCGGCUCUGGCGCUGGUGACUCUGGCGCUGGCGGUGGCUCUGGCGGUGGUGAUUCUGGCGCUGGCGGUGGCUCUGGCGGCGGUGAUUCUGGCGCUGGAGGCGGUUCCGGCGGUGGCGACUCUGGUGCUGGCGGUGGUGAUUCGGGCGCCGGCGGCGGCUCUGGCGCUGGUGACUCUGGCGCUGGCGGUGGCUCUGGCGGUGGUGAUUCUGGCGCUGGCGGCGGCUCUGGCGGUGGUGAUUCGGGCGCCGGCGGUGGCUCUGGCGGCGGUGAUUCUGGCGCUGGAGGCGGUUCCGGCGGUGGCGACUCUGGUGCUGGCGGCGGCUCUGGCGGUGGCGACUCUGGUGCUGGAGGCGGUUCCGGCGGUGGCGACUCUAGUGCUGGUGGUGGUGAUUCUGGCGCUGGCGGCGGCUCUGGCGGUGGUGAUUCCGGUGCUGGAGGCGGUUCCGGCGGUGGCGACUCUGGUGCUGGCGGCGGCUCUGGCGGUGGCGACUCUGGUGCUGGCGGCGGCUCUGGCGGUGGUGAUUCCGGUGCUGGAGGCGGUUCCGGCGCUGGGGACUCUGGUGCUGGCGGUGGUGAUUCGGGCUCAGGGUCCGGUGGUGGUGACUCUGGCUCUGGUGGCGGUUCCGGCGGCGGAGACUCUGGUUCUGGCUCGGGCGGCGGAGACUCUGGCUCAGGGUCCGGUGGUGCUGACUCUGGCUCUGGUGGCGGUUCCGGCGGCGGAAACUCCGGUUCUGGCUCCGGUGGUGGUGAUUCUGGCUCGGGCUCCGGUGGUGGUGAUUCUGGCUCGGGCUCGGGCGGUGGCGAUUCUGGCUCGGGCUCGGGCGGUGGUGAUUCUGGCUCGGGCUCGGGCGGUGGUGAUUCUGGCUCAGGCUCCGGUGGUGGUGAUUCUGGCUCAGGCUCCGGUGGUGGUGAUUCUGGCUCCGGUAGCGGCAGCGGUUAG